AAAGACCGAUGGAACUGUCCAGGUAUCCAUUUUCCCCGCUUGGGGAAUUGCAUGUAAUUUCCACUUGCGUUCGGCCUAAUGCUUCCCCCAAAAGCCCGCCCACGUAGGCAAGCAACGCGCAUAACUUUUUGGGGCUGUGAAGAAGAGAGCCUCGUGUCCCUGUUGUGACAUUUGAGCCGGCCAUGGCCGAAAGCGGCGCAGCUGAAGGCAGUCCGCCAUCAGCACACAAUGUCCAUCCCGCCGAAACGGCAGUAUCGGCCACGGCCACGGCCACGGCGACUGGUCUGCCCGAGAAUCACCAGGACGCCGCCGACACGCCGUCAGACCCACCGAGCGAGGAAAAUGGCGCCGUGGCAUCUGAGGCCGCCGCAGAGUUCAACGACGAUCAGGGCGACCAGGGCGAAGUCGAACCGGGUGAAGUUGAACCGGGCGAAGACGGCGAUGGCGAUGGCGACGGCGAUGGCGACAGCGACGGCGACGGCGCUCGUGACACUUCCCGCUUUAUCGCCCACGGAGACUCCAAGUCCGUCGCUCCCCGCAUCAAGGAUUCCCACUGGGAAGCGCACAAGGAUAAGAUCCUAAAACACUACGUCGCCGAGAACAAUACUCUGGACGCUCUUAUGGAGAUUAUGGACAGAGAAUACAGCUUCAAACCCUCUACGUGCAUCGCAUAGGGACCAUCUGGGGAGUAAAGAAAUAUAAACAGCAAACAUUUGACAAAAGCCCCAAGAAGAGAGGGCCCGGGACGACGGGAGACGCAAAGUCUCCCGACCUAGGCGCUGAUCAACCUCGCCAGAUCAUCGCAAGUCAUUCAAAGUGGCAGACUAGACCUCGGCCCGUAGAUUCGGCUGAUUGCGAUGCUGCAGAGAGGGACCGGGAGGGAAGGCAGUCGUCGCACCAGGCAAUAUUGCC